AUGUCCUCCUGCAGUGAGGGUUGGAUGCAAUACCUGGAUCACUGUUAUCUCCUCAGGACUACACCUACCAGCUGGGACAAUGCCAUUUCAGAAUUUGUCCUGGGGUCUGACUAUGGGGAGGACUCACUCUACAACGUUGAAAUCCCGUCGGUGAAUGGUAUUUGGACAGGAGGUACUGUCUUUGGAAAUGAACACUCCUUUAUCUGGAAUAAUAGCAAGAAAGAACUUAACUAUACAAACUGGGAAGAAAAUGAACCAAAUAAUUAUGGAGGCAAGAGGACUGUUUGGUAA